UACUAGCAUUUUUGGAAAAUUACAACAACGUAUUAUCAAAACCCAGAAACUUUAAAAACUCUUCCGCUUCAGAAUUGUUGCCCUUUCCAUUUCAGCAUCUUAACAAUAUCCACCUGAAAACAAAUUAGGGUUUUGUUGCUUUCUACUUCUAGACUCAAAAUAAAGCUUUCUAGGGUUUCUGGGUUUUCUAGAAAAGGAAAAAAAGGGCAAAGCUUUCUAGGGUUUCAAAGUCGCCGGAGACGGUUGAGAAUCAGAAUAGCCGGAACUUCGACACGCUUUGUGAGAAAGAGUGCUUGAAAUGGAAAACACAAGCACAGAGCAGGAACCAGAGUCUUCAUCAACAGGGAUUUUCAAGUUACCAGGAGAACCGGCUAUUGUCAUUAACGGGGUCCCUAAUGUAUCUGCAAUUGACAGCACUCCUGUUCUCGGUAAUACGGUGAAUGAUGCAGAAAGAAACAGAAAUACAUCUUUUGGUGAUUGGUUAGAAGGAAGGGUAGUUCAGAAGUUGUUUGGGAAUCGAUACUUUUCUGGUGUGGUUACCGAGUUUGACAGAGAAGCGGGCUGGUACAGGGUGGUGUAUGAAGAUGGUGACUUUGAAGAUCUUGACUGGCAUGAGUUGGAAGAGGUGCUUCAGCCUUUAGAUAUAACAGUUCCACUGAGAUCAUUAGCACUGAAGACUAACAAGAAAAUCCAAAAACUUCUUCAUAAAUCUGGCAAAAAUGUGGCUCAAUCUCGGGCUCGCCGGGUAAAACAUGUGGGAAGUAGGGGUAAGAAGAUUGUGGAGUAUCAAGAGGCAUCAUAGAUGAAGUUCAACUGUUCAUUGGGCUUAACUCGUGGCACAAUUUCAAAGGUUGAUGAAGAGAAUUCAAAAGACAGAUCCACUUGUCAAAACUGGUAAUUUGAAAUUUGGCCUUGUGAGAUGGACGAACAUAAUGUGACUCAUGAGGAGAACACUAAAUCUGAGUAGCCAAUGUUUCGUGGUGAUCUUGGAACUGAGAAUCCGAUGAUUUUCUCAUUCGUAGUGUCUUAAUUUUGUAUGUUUGUGACUUGUCAAAUGCAGUACAUAUGUAGUAGCCAUUCAUAGUAUUUUCUGUGUUUGUAACUUGUCAAAUGCGGCACAUAUGUAGUAGUAUCAACAAAACUCUCAGUACUUGUGUGGAACCCGUGUUGAAACUUGAAAUCUUGAAUGAUGAACAAGAAAAAAAAAAUUGUUAUAUUCAGUUAA